CCCCACCCUGGUGUAUGGGGAGGCGGGGGUUGGAGCAGUUACCCUUCUUUCCCUCUUGCUGAUUAGCGGGCUCAGCAAGAGCAUCCAUAUCCUUACUGUGUUUGGAGUGCGCUUCGUUCUGGGUGAUGGGGCAGGCCCUAGGGGCCAGGGAAGGGGGAGGCAGCUCUUCCCUCAGCUGGCUGUCAUCAGGCUGCAGCGUCCCCUCCCCACCCCCUGACUCACAGCUGGGAGAGAACCCACAGCAUUACCACAGCAUUAUUGUGACAGCCACGAACCCAUUGCCCACAGCCCCCUUCCCCGUCGUCCUUGGUCACCCUGACCUCUGGCUCUGAGCCCUGUUCUGACCAAAUCACAAUGAUGAGUAUUUGGGGGUGGGGGGUAAGGGGGGUAGUGGGAGGGGAUGGAACCAACUUUUUCUGUAUUUUGUAUUGUAUGUUUUCUUCAACAUGUAACCAAUCAGUAUCUUGUCAAUAUAGUCAGCCGAUCGAUCGACCUCCCGCUUGUCUUCCUUGUCUUUCUCUGGCAGAGUUUAUCAGACCGUAGCCUCUCUAGCUUACUUGAAGUUAAUUUAAAAUGAACCUCUACAUCUUGUUAAACAAAAAGUUUAAAGUGAGGGGAUGUUGGUGGUCAUGGUAACCAAGAGAAAGAGGCCAGCUGUUACCAGCUCUAACUGGGUGGAGUGGGGUAAGAGUGAGCUGGGGCUGAAUCUCAGCAAGGUUGAAGUUGAGGGUCCUGCGUUUGCCUCUCCCCCAGCCCCUCCAGAUUAUAUUGGGGUAUGUGCAGUCUGUAUUUGAAAAUAGUUGGUCUCUGAACACCAGAAACAACCUCUUUGGGGUUUUUUGAUUAGUCUGUACUAGGCUCGUGAGAGACGGGGUCCUCUCACUCUCUUCUCUGAAGAGGAAGGAACACCGACAGACCUCUGGAACCUUGGACUGGUCAUAAGGCCAAGACGGCAGCCCCACACGGGGGCCAAGCCGUCUGCUCCCUAGUCUCUGGGGGGCCCUCUGCUGGUUCUGGAGUCAAGUGAUGCUGGGGCCCUUUUGGCCCUCUGCUGCUCCCUGCUGGGGCUGCUGGUCCAAGCAGUGAGCUGAGCUGAGUAAAACAACACUGCCCACUCUCCCCCCAGCUUCCCGGGGGCCAGAUUUAUCGUGGACCACCACCUUGAGGUGCCUUUCCUGCCCCUCUGGGCCCUCCACUUGGCCUCCCUCUACCUUUGUUCUACCUCCUCCUCUGACUCCAGCCCCAAGAAACGACCACAGACUGAAGCUGUGUUGCUCACUACGGUGGUGGUUUACUGGGUCAGGCUAGUUUGGAACCCUUCUUAGAGCCACGGCUCCUGAGUCUCGAGGCGGGUCCUGUUUGGGCUUCAGGGGAAGGCGGCACCCGGCACUGGCCACGGACGCACAGCUGGCCAGAGGGGGUCAGGCAGCAAGUCAUGGCGGCGGGAUCCAGGUCCGGUGGUAAUGACAUUUGCUGGUGCACCUUCUGCGCCACGCGGAAGCCGCUCCCAUCCGGGUCACAGCCCUCCAGUUGCCGCUGGCCAGUCACCAUCAGGCAUCCGCCGUCCACUUGAACCACCAGCUCCUCAGGGGUGAAGCCGUGGGCAUACAUCUUCAUCUGGAAGCCACUCUCCGCAUGGACGUUGCCCCGUACAGCUGCCACAUCUGCCGUGAGCUGCUGCACCGGCAGGGUGGUCACCUGGUUCUGUUCAGUAAAGGCCACGCUGGGACAUCGGGACGCCGACUGGCUCCCGUUGGAGAGACUGCUACCGACCCCCUGCAUCCGAGUGAGCAACUGCUGUGGAAGGGCGCGAGGCUCCGAAUGCAGCGCUUGGCGCUGGGCCGGGCGGCAGACGCCGGAAGCGGGGGCUCUCAUGGCCCCGCGUGGCUCCGCUCCUGCCCGCGUGACGCCGCCCCGCUCAGGGGGCUCCCUUGGCUUCCGGCGAGGUUGGCUUCCACAGAGUAUGGGGUCAGCUGUGCACAUGUCCUACCUCCGUGGGUCAGGUUGGCAGCCGCCCUGGCGCCCCCUGCUGCUGCUGCUUUUAUCUCGGAUACGGCCGCUUUCUCGGGCCCUUCCCCACCUUAGUCACAGAGGGCCCGGCCGCCGGGGCUGAGACUCAACCUGAUAGACCAAAAGAGGCUGGUGGCGCUCGAGCCCAACCCUGGAGCUGUCACCAGCACGGAGCGGAGAUGAGAUUGAGCCGCCGGGCUCUUGCCCUUCUGAGAAUCAGGCCUGGGGGGAAGGAGGACUGUCCCCUGAACAGAGCCAUCAGUGUGACCGCGGGGUCAUCCAUUCUUGGAACGUCCUGCACUUCUCUGACCACGCACAAUCCUGCGACACAUGGGGAUUGGGAGGUGGAUGCGCCUUCCUGGUUUCCGUCAUUCCACCCCGGGCCUACUGUGGCAGGCUCAGAGCUGGGCUCUGGGACCACAAAGAUGAAGACUUGGGCCCUGCGCUACGUGGGAGGUGCCCACCGUGUGGGCGGGAGAGCCGUUCCGCCCUCCUCUGCCUCUACCCCAUCUCCACCUUGGGAGCCUUUUACCUGACCACGGCCAUUACUCUGGCGCUCAGUGCUUAUAAAAUAAAUCCUUUUUGUUGAAGUAUAACGUACGCAGAGAAAAGUGCGCAAAGAGAACACACCCGUGUAACCACUUAACAGGUCAAGAAAUAGAACUGUUGCUGUUUAAUCGCCACACUAGGUGCAACUCUGUGUCCCGAGACGUGUGGGAUAGGGCCAGGGUUGGGGCAGGAGGGAGAUGCUCAAGAAGCCAACUCGACUCCAGGCCCCAGGCCUGCAUUUUCACCCUUGGGCUUGGGAGGUGAUUCCCCAAACAGAAGCCUGUGUUCUGGGGUACUUCUCCUUGUCCCAAGAGGGCAGCAAUCUUUACUAUCUUGGAAGCCUUCGACAGAGAUUACAAGUGAGGAGGAGUCAAUCUGGGGUGCUCGCUCGGGCCUCACUUGUCUGUCCGACAUCAAGAAACAGGACAGAAAAGCCUGGAAGCUGGAGGCAAAGGGAGCGACCGUGCAAGACUACAAUUCCCAUCAUGCUCCGGGGCAGGGACGCCUGCGCACUGAACGCCGGUUGCCCAUGCGGCCCUAGGGCUGGAAGCGCCGCGCCGCGCUGCGCCGCGCUCCGCUGCGGGGAGGCCAUGACGGAACCUUCCCAGGCCUCGACCCCGGCCCCGGCCGCGCAGCCCCGUCCCCUUCAGUCCCCAGCCCCCGCCCCAACUCCGACUCCUACCCUCAGCCCGGCUUCGGCCCCGACUCCGGCUCCCACUCCGGCAUCAGCCCCAGCCCCAGCUACAGCCCCAGCCGGGAGCACAGGGACUGGGGGGCCCGGGGUAGGAAGUGGGGGUACCGGGAGCGGGGGUGAUCCGGCUCGACCUGGCCUGAGCCAGCAGCAGCGCGCCAGCCAGAGGAAGGCGCAAGUCCGGGGGCUGCCGCGCGCCAAGAAGCUUGAGAAGCUAGGGGUCUUCUCGGCUUGCAAGGCCAAUGAAACCUGCAAGUGUAAUGGCUGGAAAAACCCCAAGCCCCCCACUGCACCCCGCAUGGACCUGCAGCAGCCAGCUGCCAACCUGAGCGAGCUGUGCCGCAGCUGUGAGCACCCCUUGGCCGACCACGUGUCCCACCUGGAGAAUGUGUCAGAGGAUGAGAUUAACCGGCUCUUGGGGAUGGUGGUGGACGUGGAGAAUCUGUUCAUGUCUGUUCACAAGGAGGAGGAUACGGACACCAAGCAGGUCUAUUUCUACCUCUUCAAGCUCCUGCGGAAAUGCAUCCUGCAGAUGACUCGGCCCGUGGUGGAGGGGUCCCUGGGCAGCCCCCCAUUUGAGAAGCCUAAUAUUGAGCAGGGUGUGCUGAACUUUGUGCAGUACAAGUUUAGUCAUCUGGCUCCCCGGGAGCGGCAGACAAUGUUUGAGCUCUCGAAGAUGUUCCUGCUCUGCCUUAACUACUGGAAGCUUGAGACGCCUGCCCAAUUUCGGCAGAGGUCUCAGGCCGAGGACGUGGCUACCUACAAGGUCAAUUAUACCAGAUGGCUCUGUUACUGCCACGUGCCCCAGAGCUGCGAUAGCCUUCCUCGGUACGAGACCACUCACGUCUUUGGGCGGAGCCUUCUCCGCUCCAUCUUCACCGUUACCCGGCGACAGCUGCUGGAGAAGUUCCGGGUGGAGAAGGACAAGCUGGUGCCCGAGAAGAGGACCCUCAUCCUCACCCACUUCCCCAAAUUCCUGUCUAUGCUGGAGGAGGAGAUCUACGGGGCAAACUCUCCAAUCUGGGAGUCGGGCUUCACCAUGCCGCCCUCAGAGGGAACCCAGCUGGUGCCCCGGCCGGCUACAGUCAGCGCUGCGGUUGUUCCCAGCGCCCCCAUCUUCAGUCCCACCAUGGCUGGGGGCAGCAACAGCUCCUUGAGCCUGGAUUCCGGAGGGGCUGAGCCCAUGCCAGCAGGCGAGAAGAGGAAGCUCCCAGAGAACCUGACCCUGGAGGAUGCCAAACGGCUCCGUGUGAUGGGCGACAUCCCCAUGGAGCUCGUCAAUGAGGUCAUGCUCACCAUCACGGAUCCCGCGGCCAUGCUCGGGCCUGAGACGAGCUUGCUGUCGGCCAACGCCGCCCGGGAUGAGACUGCCCGCCUGGAGGAGCGCCGCGGCAUCAUCGAGUUCCACGUCAUCGGCAACUCGCUCACACCCAAGGCCAACCGGCGGGUGUUGCUGUGGCUCGUAGGGCUGCAGAACGUCUUCUCCCACCAGCUGCCACGCAUGCCCAAGGAGUACAUCGCCCGCCUCGUCUUCGACCCGAAGCACAAGACUCUGGCCUUGAUCAAGGACGGGCGGGUCAUUGGUGGGAUCUGCUUCCGCAUGUUUCCCACCCAGGGCUUCACGGAGAUUGUUUUCUGCGCUGUCACCUCAAACGAGCAGGUCAAGGGCUAUGGGACUCACCUGAUGAACCACCUGAAGGAGUAUCACAUCAAACACAACAUUCUCUACUUCCUCACCUACGCCGAUGAG